CAUAAUUACAACCGUUCCUGGGAUGGGCCAGAUAUUGUCAAAAUACAUCACCACGAAAUUUAUGUGACCACUAAUUUAGUCAUUACUGCCAAUCAAAAACAAUCAAGUUGUCCAGAACAUCCUAUUAUCCCGGAAGUGCUUUGUGAGCAGGAUAAUGACUGUGUGUCAGGUACGAAGAGACUUCAUGGAUAUCAAACUGGCAAUUGUGUGCGUGCUGACUUUCCCUAUCAAAACCAAACGACCUUAAAUUGGAAAAGGAACAUAUCCACUUGUGAGAUUAAAGGAUUUAAGAACCAAGAUAUA